UGUCCCUUUCAAUGCACCGGUCCUUUUAGAUACAUCUCUCCUUUUCCAAUUUUUUCAGUUUUCACACCCAAUACAUUUCCAAAUUUAUUACGCUUUCAGAAAUCUCUCCGAUCCUUAACCUAUUUCAAAUUAGGUUUUUCAAAAAUUUCAAUCAACCCUAAAUGUGCGACAGUUGAUCUUCUAUUCCAUUCACGAUGCAAUUACUUGAAUGCUGGUUUCUCAUCUCCCAAAAUUUAAUCGUUGCAUCAUCAAUGUUAGUUUGAAGACGCGAUUUUGUUUCUGAAAUCACACUAGCAAAAGAGUCAUGGGAUGUUGUUGUUCGAGUUAUUCGAUUGUGGUUUGUGCCAGACAUGAAUUCGAAACAAAAGUAUUAUUCUAUAGAGAUGGUUCUAAUAGAUGAGAAGGGUUUCAAGAUACAAGCUUCUGUUCGUAAGGCUCUGUUGUCUCGAUUUGGGAUUGCCGCUAAUAUUGGAGGAUAUAGGACCACGAAACACCAAUUCAAGUUGAAUUUCCAGAGUUGAACUAUGGUUACAGAAAUUGUUGAUGGUCUUAUAACAAUAUCCCCUUACUCAUUUGUGUCCUUCUCAGAGAUCGUUGGGAAAAUUGAUAUGGACUACUUGAUUGAUGUUGUGGCCAUUUUGUCUGCUGUUAGACGUGAAAGGGUCUAUGAAAGGAAUGGUGUAACUACUAAGUUUAAGGAUGAAGUUUGAUUGUACAUUGUUUGGAUCAUAUGUUGAUGAACUUGAUGCAUACCUCAAAUAUGGUAACACCGACCCUGUUGUUGUUCUUGCUCAGUAUCUAAAAGUCAAAUUGUACAAUGGAAAGAUCCAGAUGCAGAAUACAAUGAACUGUACCAAACUGUUGUUCAACCCAAAAACACCCUAGGCAGAUUCUUUGAAGCUGAAACAUAACAUUGGAUCGCCUACUCAACCAUUUAGUUAUAUGAAGGAUGCUUCUAAGAUGAGUUUAGAAGAAGAUUUCUUAAAUCUGAGUCAACGCAAAACAAUUUAGGAACUAAAAGACUGUCAAGAUGUAAUUUUCAUUUUACUUUUAUUUCAUUUUUAUCCUUCCUUACAUGCUUGUUAUAUUAUAGGUUAAUUUGACAUUGUUGUUUGGUUUUUUAUGACUACAAAAUAUGGUUUGUGUUGUGUUAGUCACAAUCAAACAUGUUUCUAGUGGCAAUGAUUGGUGGUAUGCUGCAUGUGUCUGCAACAAGGGUGUUGCUGUAGACUCCAGAAGGUUAUUCUACCCAAAGUGUGACAAGCAUAUUUGGACAAUUGUCCCAAGGUUCCGUGUCAAACUCAGGGUAAUUGAUGAAACUGAUUCUGCUACUUUCGUACUUUUUGAUCGCGAUUGUUAUUUUCUGACCAAAAUGACAUGUUCUGGUUUGAUUGCUGAAAUGGAUCGGGAAGAGGAGCCAACAAUUGUGGCUAAAGUGAUUGGUGGUUUUGUUGAUCGAACAUUUCUGUUUAAGAUAGAUGUAAAAAAUGAUGUGACCUCUAGAUAUGAACAAUCUUUUCGCGUGAAAAAAGUUUGUGAUGACAAAGAUAUAAUUUCAAAGUUCAAAUCUGUUGCAAAGGUCGAUAAUACUCUAUUUCAGAAAUCUGUUGACGUUGAGGAUGAUUUGACUGCUGUUGUGGUACAAAGUGAUAUGCCUGCCGGUGAUAUUCAGGAUCUGAAUUCAGUUGUGAAGAAAAAUUCUGGCGUUGAAGAAGUUGCCAUCGGUUCUAAUGUUCAUAAUGAGUUGGUUAUUGGGGUAGCUUGGGAUUUGAGUUCAAAAUUUGAAAAUGAUGGCGCUGAGGAUAUUUGUGAAGACAAUCAUUCCGUUCCAGAACAUAAUGAAGUUGAUCAUGCAGAUUGUAAUUCUGUUAAGAGAGGAAUUUGAGAAGUUGCUAGAGUUGUCGAUGCAGGCGACCCUAGGAUUCUGAAAAACAUAAAGAUUGAGAAGAAUUAGUCUACUUGGUUCAUUCACUAUAGUUUUUUGAACUGUUGUUUUUUUUCUGUUUUGUUAAACUGUGGUGCACUUUGAAUUGUUUAGUUUAUCCUUGAUUUGGCUUUUUGUGGGAUUUGUUUAGCCCAUAAUUUGGUACUUCACUUUAAAUUAUGUUUACAUUGCUACUGUUAUUGAUUUUGAAUGCAGCCUUCAUAUUGUAACAUUGUGAAAUG